GUCAUCAUCAUCACUCAAGUACUCCAGGUACGAAGUGGUCAUCAUCAUUGACAAUACUAUGGCACUCACCCCUCCCUGACAUCACUCAGCAUGCCGUCUCCGAACCCUGAGCUGAGGCGCCAGGUCAUUGCCAUCUACAAAGAGCUCCUGUACCUCGGCCGUGAGUAUCCCCUCGGCUUCGGUUACUUUCGUCCGCGGCUGCACAAGGCCUUCAUCUCGCGGGCCGACGAGCGCGACGAGGCCAAGAUCCGCUCCGGCAUCGCCCAGGCCGAGUACGUCAAGAAAGAAAUUGAGGCAAUCUACUACUUGAAGCGAUACCGCACCCUCAGGAAGCGUUACGACGCAGAUGCUUGAGCGAGGGGAAGACGGGUAGCGGCGUGGCCGCCAAAAGCUGUAAAAAGUUGUACAAUAACAAACGAGCCGAGUUUCGUCACGGCGUCAGGCCAAAGUGUGUCGUGUCCAUGUGUGAAAUGACUUCGUAGCGGCAUCAAGCCUCAGUCGUCGCCCCUCUUCUUGGCCCACCACGCGCCGACCUCGAGGCACUCGCCCCAGCUCGCGCCACCGUCG